CUCAGCUGAUCAAAGAGUUGGUCCAGUUACAAAUGUACGCCAUGAGAAACAGAUUAUUGCAUUCGUUUUUGGGUCUUAUGUUGACAGUACUGCCAACGUUAUGUUCGCCAGUACCACAUUUGGAAAGGAUUGUAAAUGGGUACAUAGUUGAUAUAACAGAUGUGCCCUAUCAAGCAGCGUUGAGGCGGAAAAUGAUUAGCGGGUGGGUUCACUCGUGUGGUGCUGUAGUGAUCUCCGAUAGGAGUGUGCUGACUGCGGCCCAUUGUGUGAAUACAUACGACGAACAACAGAUAUAUAAUCUUCAAGUUACUGUUGGAACAACCAAUCGUCUAACCGGAGGCACCGCUUACGAAGUCUCAAAAGUAAAUGUCCACGAGCAGUACUCAUCAGAAACGUUGGAGAACGACAUUGCUGUAGUUAUUGUGCAUGACACAAUAAUUUUCAGCGAUUCGGUGAAUAAAGUAAAUUUGCCGGGACCAGAAUUUAAUAUUGAAGUAGGAGCAACUGCAGUAGUGUCUGGUUUUGGCCAUACUCAGUUUGCAGGCGAGGCAUCAUCAGACCUGUUAGCAGCUCUCGUAGAAAUCGUUUCCCAAGCGAAAUGUGCUAGAGCAUACCGAAGCAUCGCUUCAAUAUAUACCGGGAUGAUCUGUGCUGCCGGAAAGGAUCCACCUAGAGACGCGUGCCAAGGAGACUCGGGUGGACCAUUAGUUACUAACAAUACAGUCAUUGGCAUCGUUUCCUGGGGAGAAGGUUGUGCAAAUGAAGCAUACCCCGGUGUUUACACUAGGGUAUCUGAAUAUACCGAUUGGAUACAGAGCAUUCGUUAUAAUAAUUGAAAUAAAUGAAUACUUUUUGAA